AUGAGUGUUACUGCUUCUUCUUCUUCUUCGUCUACUGACCCAACAUCAAUAAUUGUAGAAGAAGAAGCAGAAAAAAUAAAAAAUGAUCAAAUAUCGACAUGUGAAUUAAUUAAAGAUCAGUUAUUUGAAGUAGGACCACGUUACACUGAUUUGAAAUAUAUUGGUGAAGGUGCCUAUGGUAUGGUUGUAUCAGGUUAUGAUAACCGAACAUGUCAACGUGUAGCUAUUAAAAAAUUAUCACCAUUUGAACAUCAAUGUUUUUGUCAAAGAACAUUGCGCGAAAUAAAAAUAUUAGCACGAUUUAAACAUGAAAAUAUAAUUAAUAUACAAGAUAUAAUACGUUCAAAUGUAUUUGAAAAAAUGAAAGAUAUUUAUUUAGUACAACAAUUAAUGGAAUGUGACAUGUAUAAAUUAAUUAAGCAUCAAAAACUAAGUUCAGAACAUGUUUGUUAUUUUCUUUAUCAAAUACUACGUGGUUUGAAAUAUAUUCAUUCAGCUAAUGUAUUACAUCGAGAUCUUAAACCAUCAAAUUUAUUAUUGAAUACAAAUUGUGAUUUAAAAAUAUGCGAUUUUGGUUUAGCACGUAUUGCAGAUCCAUCAUUUGAUCAUAGUGGUGUAUUAACAGAAUAUGUAGCAACAAGAUGGUAUCGUGCACCAGAAAUAAUGUUGAAUGCUCGUGGUUAUAAUAAACCGAUUGAUUUAUGGUCAGUUGGAUGUAUUCUAGGUGAAAUGCUUAAUGGAAAACCAUUAUUUCCUGGAAAACAUUAUAUUGAUCAAUUAAAUUUAAUUCUUAAUGUGAUUGGUUCGCCCGAUGAACAUGAUUUAGCUUCAAUUGUUAAUGAAAAAGCACGAAAUUAUAUAGCUACUUUAAAAAUUCGUUCAAAACAACCAUUUUCUCGAAUAUAUCCUGACGCUGAUAGCAAUGCAUUGGAUUUACUUGAUCGUUUAUUAACAUUUAAUCCAAAUAAACGUAUUGAUGUAUCGGAUGCAUUAGCACAUCCAUAUUUACAACAAUAUUACGAACCAAAUGAUGAACCUAUAGCUACUCAUCCAUUUACUGUUGAAAUGGAAAUGGAUGAUUAUCCAAUACCAGAAUUAAAACAACUUAUAUGGAAUGAAACACAAUUAAUAAAAGAACAUAUUCUAUUACAACAAAUGCCAAUUAAACCUUAA